CCCGCGAGAGUACUUCAGGUCAUCCCGGAAGGGGACUCUGCCCCUCCCCCUUCUUGGAGCGUGACACCCCCCCCCUUCUCUUUGCCUGAGGCCUGUUGGGACUGGUCCGUUGGCGGGCAGAACCAUGGACGAAAAUUCUUACAAAGCGACGUCCAGACUUUCCCACCGUCGUCGCAGCUCCAUCAAGGAAGGCCUGCACGAGGAUGUUCGCAAUCUGUGGAGUACCGCCACGAUGUCGGAGUCCACGGCUAACGUGUCGCUGUCCAAGGUCUGCGAGAACUUCGACGACGAGGGGCAAGACUUGGGCAAGUCUCGCCGGCGAUACAGCCAGUCCAUUUCUCUGAAGGAAAGCCUCUGCCUCCCGCCGGAGGAGAUCCAACAGCAUGCUUUGCUGGAGCUGGAGCUGCACCGUGGCAGGUCGGUGGAGCAGGACAUAGAAGAGGAGCGCGAAGACUCCAAGACAGAUAUUGUAAAGUCUGCUUCAGAAUUAUCGGUCAGCCACUCAAAGCAAACACCUCAUCCAGCUUACUGGGCAGAACAACAAAACAGGCUGCCCCUGCCCCUGAUGGAACUCAUGGAGAAUGAAGCUCUGGAAAUCCUCAACAAAGCCCUCACUAGUGAGCCACCCCGACCCUAGCUUCCACAGAAGAUCCCGCCUACAAGUCCAAGAUCGGCAAGACCCACUUCAUGACUGAAGAGCUGCAGGCAUACAUCGAGGGCCUCAAGAAGCGCAGGAACAAGAGGCUGCACUGCGUAUCUGUGUGAAACUCCAGCGCUAGCCGCCUAGACGCCAGCCCCCAUACUCUGCCCGGUCCCUAGACUUAACCUCGACCCCCAUCUGCGUGGAAUAUGAGCCCUAGAAAAAUUAAAGAGUCCAUGCAUGG